AUUCGGCGCCUGCCCGGGUUCAUUUCCACCCACCAUGACCAGCGCGAUCCUGAGACGGAAUUCCAACAAGCAGGGCUUGCAGAAUCUCAUCAGGCUGACAGCACAGUGGAGUGUGGAAGAUGAGGAGGAGGCAGCCAGAGAGAGGCGCCGGAGAGAACGUGAGAGACAACUGAGGUCCCAGGCCGAAGAAGGUCUUAACAACACUGGAACGUCUUCAGAAAAUGGAGAGCCAGUACAAGAAAGCCAGUUUGACGGCAAACCUUCUGGGACUUCGGAAUUGGAAGAGGACGAGGGCUUUAGUGACUGGUCGCAGAAACUUGAGCAGCGCAAGCAGAAAUGGGCAGGAGAAGGAGCGCAAGAAGGAGAACAAGUGUGCCAGUGGAAAGAAGCCCAGCAGGCAGCCCCUACUCAGCGGGAAGAAAGGUCCCUGAGGCAUUCCUAUACAGAAGAGGACAGCAACCUAAGGGAAGCGGAAGCCAAGCUGGAGCAGGUCCAUCUGGAUCAGGAGUCAGAUUCUCCAACCAUCAUCCGGUUUGGAUGUGGGCCUUCAAAUUUUCUGAAGUUUGUUCCUACUUCACCUUCAUUCAAUCAGAGCAAUAUAGAAGCAGAACUGGAGGGGCAGCAAAAGCUCAGUGAAGCAGUGGAUAUUAGAGAAGAGAACCAGUAUACUGGAUUUGAAGCGGAGAACCAAAGUGUUGUUCAUGAGAAUGAGCGUGAAGAAGAUGAGAAAGAAAAGCAGGAGGAGAAGAAGAGGAGAAGGAAUGAAGAGGAAGAGGCGCCCGGAAAACGUCAGAGAGCCCCAAGCUCCUCCAGCUCGGAGGAAGAGAUCCAGCCUCCUUUGAGUCCUACCAUAAAGAUCACUGAGAGAACUGAAUCACUGAUCCGCUCCAUAGAGAGGAGUAACAGUGUGAAGAAGACCCAGGUGCCUCUCCCAGUUUCAAAGAUUGAUGACAGACUUGAGCAGUACACUCAUGCCAUUGAGACUUCCAGCAAGACCCCAAAACCAGGCCGUCAGCUUUCCAUUGACCUGCCUGCCAACAGUGCAGUAGUGGCCAGCGCAAAAAGUCUGUGGGAGCCUGGUGAGGUUGCAGUUCUCUCCCCUGUGAAGACAACACCCUCUAAGGACAUUGUGGCUGGAGACAUUGUGGGUGUGAGAAGCAUUUGGGAGCAGAAAGAGACCCCAAAGGCAGAUGGGAGUGCUAAGGUCACACUUCCAGGCAAGAAGUACAAGUAUGUGGCAACCGGACAUGGCCAAUACAAGAAGGUGUUGAUAGAUGAAGCCACAGAAAAAUAGCCUGCUUGGGCUCGAAACAUGUGGCUUGGCUUGGUCCCGGUUUGGACACUUGUGGCAAUACUUCUGUGCAACGCUGAAAUUUCCUCUCCUGAAAAGGAACUCAACAAAAGGACGUCUUCCUUCCUAUCUCAAAUAUGCAACCUGCUAUUAAACCAGCUAAUGAUUUCUUCACAGA